GGAAAUGUAUAAAAGCAACUGCCAGGUCCCGGGAUUCGUCAGACAGCUCAGGGAGGAGUCCGCCCUGGGCCCCAGCACAUCUGACAGAGGUUACAUCCUCGCCCUCCUCCCAGAAAUCCGACGUCAGACCCAGCGCUCCAGCUCCCGGACCCUAUCCCUCUCCUCUGAGUUUCCUGGGACUUCCUUGCUCAUCCAGCUUCCCGGCUACCCCCAGACCUCCUCCGCUACAGGUUGCUGCUUCCCCGUUGCCUGCAGCCAUGAGGUCCCGGCUUUUGCUUUCUGUGGCCCACCUGCCCACGAUUCGGGAGACCUCGGAAGAGAUGCUGCCCGGGGGGCCUGGAGAGGAGCCCCCUGCCUCCCCCAGCCUGGACGACUACGUGAGGUCCAUCUGUCAGCUAGCCCAGCCCACCUCGGUGCUGGAUGAGGCCGCAGCCAGGGUCCGACCCAGCAGACCCCACCGGCCAGCCCGUUCCUGUGACAAGAGCCGCCCCACUGGGUCCCUACGGGACAUCACCACCCGUUUCAGCGGCCAGCAGCCCGCACUGCCCGGGGCUAGCCCUGCUGACCCCCUGGACUGGCUCUUUGGGGAGUCUCAGGAAAAGCGGCCAAGUAGGAGGGACCUGCCAAGGAGAACGGGACCCUCGGCUGACCCCUGGGCUUCAUGCAGACAGAUGGACAGUGGCAAGGCCCAGGGGGCCCCCCGCGGAAGGCUCUGUGAUGCCAGGGCACCAGGGCACUCUCUGGGGAGACCAUCGAGGAACUGGCGUCAGUGUUCCCAGGCAUCCGGGCAAUGUGGCCAGGAUGCAGCCUCCCCCAGCAGCCCUCGUCCCAGCAGCGUCCUCAGAACUCUCUACUUGCACCUCCCGGUGAUCCAUGAACUGUGACCCCUCCCCAGUAAAGGCUUCUGUAAAUCGCA